UAUCGUGGUAACUAACGUUAACAUUACAUUGAUAUUAAUGUAAAAACAAGGCGUUUUACUCAAUUCUAGAGAUAAACAUUACAUUAUGGGUGGUUCUGGCUCUACCCAGCUAUGCCAGAAAACAGUGGCUAUGGUUAAAAAUGAAAUAGCCAGCAACAAAAUACAAAUGUUUUCGAAGACUUACUGUCCAUAUUGCAAAAUGGCGAAAGACGUUUUAAAUGAGAUUUGUGUGCCAUACAACGUGAUGGAAAUAGAAAAUCGUGACGAUGGCCCCGAAAUUCAAAAAGUUUUAAAAGAUAUAACUGGCUCAAGUUCGGUUCCACAAGUAUUUAUCAACGGUCAAAGCAUUGGAGGUGGUACUGAAACAAAAAAGUUACACGAAAAUGGAAAACUUUUAGAACUUAUUAACUCUCAAUAGACCUCAUUAUAUGUCAUUGCAUUUUAUGUUUCUUUAUUAUUUUUGGUAUUUAUGAGUUGUAUGUUAAAACUUAACUUAUAAUGUCCAAUUAUAAGUUGUUUAAUACCUCCCAAUAAAUUGCAUGACUGCUACAUAAUAUGUAUAUACAAUAAAUAAUAUUGCAUUAUUUGUUUAUUUUUGUUUGUUGUCACAUGAUAUUGGUGUACGUACUCGUUCAGUGGGGCUUUAGUUUUAUUGUCAAUUGUUUCACAGAUAUUCUUGUUAUCUGUUUAAAUAAUGGAUGAUUUUAUCAAAUUGAUGUGGAAAUAAAUUUUGUUUUUAUAGGACACUAACCGAUGGAGGCUCCUGUCUCUAAAAAGGGUCUGGUCUUAACAGCAGGAAGAUACAGACUUCUGCAACCCAUUGUUAUCAGUAGAGGCAUUCUGCAAGCUACUGACAGUUCUGAUAAUGAAGGAAGUUUAGUUUCUGCAACAAAACCUCUCAAACCAGCCUCCCCAAAGCAAGGGAAUGAAAAUAUUUUGUUUAAUUUGCCCACAAUACCCAAUGUUAGAGUAAAGCAAGAGGUUGAGGUUGUGAAGCAAUAUUUAAAAGACACUUUCAUUGAACAACAUAUGAAGAGAUUUACUUCAGCUUUGCUUCAGAACGAGAUAUUACCAUACAAUCCAUACCCUGGCUUUAUUCGACGAUUUCGAAAAUUAGCUGAAAGGUUUCAUAUGGAGAAAAAGUCCUUGCAGACAAUACGCUCAAAAUUGGACUUUCCAGCUUCAAGUGAGAAUGGUGUUUUAUACACAUCUCAAUACCCUAACUCGGAUAUAUGGGGCCUUGAACACAUUGUGGGUCAUAUCAACCCUAAAACUAUUGAAGGAUACAGGGGAAUGGUAGAAUCAUCUACCAUAUCUAGUGAAGUUGCCACAAAUGUGCUCAAAAGUGAGGUGACUGUUCUCACAUCUCUAAGCGGGCCUUGCAUAUUCUGCCAUUCAUUCUACAGUGAAUGGAGCCAUCUUGAAAUCAAAGUUGCCAUUGUUGUUUCAUCAAAUGAUAUCUCUAUAGCUGCCAAGACCUUCACAUCUGUGCUAGUACAAGAUUUAAAACAAAUGUCGGACCAUAAAGAUCAUAUCUUAACAGAUGUAACAAUACCUGUUGAAGAGGAAGAUGGGUGGACGACUGUUUCUGUUCCUCGAAGAGAACUUGCAUCUCUUCUUAAAAACUCCUCACCAGACGAGGACUUCGUCCGGAGCAUUGUGCAUGGAGUUGUGUCAAAAAAGAGGAUUUUAUCAACUUGCUUGUUAUGGGAUGUUAGAGCUUCAAAAGUUGUACCUUGUACCAAGCAGUAUAACAUGCUGCUGCUACAAGGGAGUUCUGCUGGACAGACUGGUCUAAAUAGGCCUGUAAAAAGUCCAUCUGGAACCCCACGUCUUGUGAUAUCAACUUUACCUUUCCAAGCUUUACAUGAAGGAGUUUUCAUCAAGAAACAACACGCAGAGGAAUAUCUAUCACUAUUUCAAAGAUAUUACACAACUGGUGUACCGCAACCAAUUGCAAAUCAAGCAAGAAAUCGUCGAACUAAACCUGCACUUAACGGCGAUCCUAUGAGAACGGAGAUGCUGCAACCAAUCUUGCAGGCUUGGCAAAUGAAAGUGGCAAGUGAGCCUUUAGAGUCUUCAGCAUUUGGUUCUGUGCAUUACAUGCUCUUGAUGCAUCUUGCUGAGACAAGAGUAAAGACUUUUGCCAACCACACAGAGCAGGACCUAGCGAUACAGAUCUGUAGAUUUUACAGCAGUACUGCUGCCCUUCUUAAAUCUGUCACUUUAUACUCUCCUCUUAUUGAAGAGCUUCUCUCCUCUUCAGAGAGCAACCUCUCCAAGAUCACGGAUGAUUUCGUCUCUUUUUAUCGACGAAGAUUGCUAGAAAUAGUGGAUGCCGAUUUGCUUUCAAGAUCCACACAAAUGGAGUCGUUAAAAUUACAAAUUGAUUCAAUAUUUCAAAAUGGCGGCCACGAUUCAUAUCACGCUACUUUAAUGCCAUCACAUCUAAGACAACUCUCAUAUUAUAUAUCAACUGUUAUACUUUGUUAUACAGAAGAUGCCUUGGACAGGUGCCAAGCCAUUGUAUCGUUAAAAUCUCAACUGAAUCAGAAUUACCUCCACCUGACCCCACCUAUUAUUAUGUUACCAAAACAAACCCAGUUUAAACAUGGAAUUGUAAACCCAUCAUGGACUGAUGUGGAUAAACUAAAAAUCAGUCGUAAAGAUUGCGUCUCAAACCUACAAGUCCCAAAAGCUGUUGCCUUACAAUACGCUAUCAUGCAGUAUUCAUCAGAUGUUAGAUUGGAUGAGACAUGGAUGAGAUUCCUGCAUCAUUUGCUCCUCCAGGAGCAGCAUCUACCUCCAAACCCUUUUCCGUUACUAAUUUCUCAUCUUAGAAGAUCAAGUAUAAGUGUCCACACCAAGUUCGAACACGAUAACACUGCCGUAAACCGAUUAAUUCAAAACAAGGUCGCUGUUUUUGACUCCAGUAAUAACAUAUUUACUGUCAAUGGAACAUCUGCCUUUGGAAAAAAGUCAUCAUUACUUUUACUAAACCUUAAAGGUUUCCGACAAGUUUCGGAAAUCUCAGCUCAUGUCGCACUUUCACCACCCGGUGAUGCUCUUACUGGGGCGCCAAUUUCUUCCGAACAAUUUCAGGUUGUACCAUGUAUAUGUGUUGUACCACCAAGUACGUACCACGGCUCACUUUCCCCAUACUUAUGUACAUUGUAUUUAAGCGAACAUUGUUUUGUGCGUGGACCAAUUGGACAGCUGCAUAAAGGGGCGGCUGCCUUGGCUAAAAUCUUAAAAUCUCAUCUGGCCAAGCUAAAAAGUUCGGGUAUUAUUUUACACCAGGCCAAGUUUGGUGGUGUGAUCCUCAACCUUAAAAAUGCAACCAAUUUUAGCAGGUUUGAGAGUGAGUUCUCUGCUGCUUCGAGUGGUGGUCAAGAAAUUAACAUUUCUUUUUACUUCCCGUUGUCAUGGCGAUAUGUUCUUGUGAAAAAACAGAUGUUUGUAUAUUAUGUAGAAGGAAAAACAGACAGAGCAACCUUAAUGUCCAGUAGUACAAAUUCAGCCGGUGAAGAAUAUUCAAUUUUUUUCCAUCCUGCUGAUGCGCUUUACUGCUUUCGUUCCAACAAGUCGCACAUGAGCGAUUUUGGGGAUGUUGCACUCAUUGAUGCAUGGAAAUCAUGUGACUGGUCAAGGAUGAUUAGUUUGCUCACUAUAAAAGCAAUUUCCCUGCAUGAAAACUCAGACACAGAUAACAGCUUAAGAAAUGAAAUACUCGCUUUUUGCUUGCGGUAUAACAACAGUGUCCCUGGAAAUAUAGAUUAUGUAAUAGGAAUGGGCCAAGCAUUGGAAGGGGUUAUUAACAUGGCUGUAACGGCAAUGGAAAACAAUAUUGACUUGGUUGGUGUUAUUGAUCAAGCACUGGUAGAAAAAAUGGCUUUAGAAUUCAAAAUUAAGCUUGGAUUGGUUUUUGCCGUUGAAUCUACACUUAGUUGUAGUUGUAUGGUGGAUUUUCUUUUGAGAAAAUUGCAACCAGUGGCAUUUCGUGACCAAAAGACAAACGCAGUUUUCGUUAAGUACGAUGCAAAGUCUACGUCUACAUUACAAGAAGUACUUUGCAACAUGAUUGAAAUAAGGAACUCGAUAGCGCUUGAUUUACUGCACGCUACACCAUCUGUGUAUGAACAUCUCAUGAAAUGUAGACAAACCAACAUCUAAAAUAUCCAUUCGUUUUUUAUCUUUUAAAUAGCAGAUAUAGUUUGCUCAAAUUUGAUUAUUUCAACAAUUUUGUUUUUUAACUCCAUAUUGAUAUCAUUAUGUAGUAGAGUAGGGUGAGGAAGUAUGGGACACCUUUUUAUUCUAUUUUCUUACUCCAUUUGGUAGUAAAUAAAGAACAUUCAAGGAAUUAUAAGCCCUUGACUCCCUCUAACGGUGAGUAAGUGUUUAAAACACGUUCAGGAUAUUAUGUGCUGAAGGUGUCCCAUUUCCCCCCACCCUACUGUAUAUAUAUAUAUAUAUAUAUAUAUAUACCAUGUUUUAUUGUAUUUUUUUAAUUAAACAGGUAAAUACACACUUCAGGUAAAUAGGCAUUUAGUAUAACAAAUUCUGAUCAUGCAACUAUAGAGCCAUCUUAUGAAUGAAUUCAUGUAAUCUACUUUA